GGUUUGUAGUCAAAGCCAAGUGAAAAUAGGUUUCCUAAUUCAAAAGAAAAUAUAGUGUUGCAUUAUAUGGCACGUAUGACAUACCUAUUACCGCCAGUACUCAAAACUCUUAUAAAUUGCUGCCCCUUCCCCACUCAACAAAACCCUGCCUUCUCAUACAACACCAAACUUAAGAAAGAAAACACUAACUUUCUCUAUAAAAAAAAAUGUCAGCCAGCAGCAAGAUCCGCCACAUUGUGAGGCUCCGCCAAAUGCUACAACGCUGGAGGAAGAAGGCCGCCACAACGUCCCGUCUCCGCGUCCCGACCGACGUGCCAUCGGGUCACAUAGCGGUUAUGGUGGGCCCCAAUUACAAGAGAUUUGUAGUCCGUGCAACCUAUUUGAACCAUCCAAUGUUCAAAAAAUUGUUGUCACAAGCAGAAGAAGUGUAUGGUUUUACUAACAAUGGGCCUUUGGCUAUUCCUUGUGACGAGUAUUUGUUUGAAGAGUUACUUCAUCACUUGGCUCGAUUCGACUCCUCUAACAACAAUACGUCACUUUUCGUGCACUUUGAAGAUUUUCAGAGAUAUUGUCACAUGGAUGUUCGAAAUAACCUUGAUUUCUGGGGCGAUUCUAGACCCCUUUUGCAUAAUAAGUCUGUCUGGUAAUCUAUGAGAGACGGAUCAAGAUUUUAAGUCAACGGACACAGACACCUAUAGGUAAAGUUUUAGUACAAAACGACAAUUUUUUUCUCAAUAUAUUAACUCUCCAAAACAAGUGGAUCAUCUGUCUAGACCUACAACUUAAAUUUCUGUCAUGAGAAUGUGAUUGGAGAUGGCAAGAAAGUGGACGAGUUGAUUAGCCGGAGAGUCGUCCCAGGUUUUGAAUUGGAAAUACAUUCAAGAACAGAGAAACGAGAAAAGAGAUGAGCAAUAAUUAAUGUUGUACAUAUUUUUUGCACUUAUUAGUUUUCUAAAGAUCGAUUAUUGUUGACAGUUAAACGGAAACUGUAGAGAAACUAGAAGCAUGUAUGUUCGUUACCAUUAAUAUAAUGUUUUUUUGGAUGAACUAUGAUAAUUUCUAUGAUGGCUUUUUGUUGUUUAUGGUGAUGAAUAAUUGAGUAGUAACGUGCUCGAUGUUGUGGGGGAGUCAUAAUUGGCAGCAACCCAUUACCCACGCGAAAUCUAUGGGCUCUUUAAUUAAGAAUAGAGAGGUAUCAAUAUUUUGAGUUAAUGCAUGUAUAUAUAGUGGAUUAAUAUGAUACAUGUUUUAAUUUUUCUUAAUUCACGAAACAUAAAACAUAAAUUACGAACAAAAUGACGUAGAUGUCCAUUUUUUAUUUUAUUUUUUAUUUUUUUAAUUUCCUAGAUCCGCCUGUGCUAAGAUCAUAAUUUCGCGCCCCUUCCUCAUCUCCUUUUUUUGUUUUGUUUCUUUUUUUUGUUUCUUUUUUGGUUUUUUGGGUACAUGCAUGGGUAACUUGAAAAAAAUUCAUAAUCUGUGUGACUUGAAUGAACUGGGAGAAAAAAAUUCAUUUCCUUGAGCAUCUUCUGAGACUAUCAAACCUUCUUCAUAUUUAUGGUCUUUAAUUUGUUUGUCAAAAUGCUUCCACAUUUGUUCACCUUCCUCCGGAUAUAUAUAAUUAUAGCCGUGAUGAUUUUCAGUAAAUACUUACAGUCUUCAAUAAUAGUCUUGAGAGGGGAUGACGUUGUAUGUCGUCCUCUUUGAUAAGCCUGACAACAAGUAGGCAGUCGAUCUGUUUCCACCUCUAGUUCUUUAUAUCCCUUUUUUUUUUUUGCUAAUUUUAACACUUGUUUGAUGCUUCAUAGCUCUGUGGUGAAGCUUGAAAUAGAUUUCAUCUUACCCGAAUAACCAAAUACCACUUUCUUUGUUCGUUUCUAAGAAUCCUCCAAAUGCAACAUCUUCUUAAAUCUUGGCACUACCAUCAAUAUCAAAUUUAGUACGACUUCUACACAGGAAGA